AUGCCCUCCGCGUACCCGCAGCGAGCCCUGACGGUGCUGCUGCUCUUCGGGACCUUGUCCGCUGCCAUGGCCCUGCUCUCCUCCAGCCUCAUCUUCCAGCUCCCGUCGGGCCGGGCCGCUCCCGGUGGCGGUCGCGGGGCGCUCCCGGAGCCGGUGGCCGCCGCUCUGCUGCCGGUAUCGGCCGUGCUGGCCGCGCUCUGCCUGGUGCUCAACGUGAGCUGCCUCCUGCUCUGCCUCCUGCACGGCUACUGCAGCACCGAGCUGUGCCGGGGGCAGCCCGGGCCCGAGCGGGCAGACUGGUUCCUCCUGGACAGCCGGAGCGUCCGGCACGUGGCCAUCGGCCUCUUCUGCUGCGGGCUCUGCCUCUACCUCACAGCUCUGGCCCUUUUCAUGCUGCUGCUGUUCGAGCUGGAGGCUGGAAUUGCCAGCGCCUGCAUCCUCACCUCUGGAAUUCUCGUCCUGCUCAUCUCCCUGCUCCACGUGCUGCUCCGUGCUUCCCAAAUUUCCCAGAUUUCCCAAGGCUCGGAGCCUUCCCAAGCCCUGUACGAGAACGACUCCGCCCAGCCCGGCGACAGCAGCGACCUCAGGAACGCGGCUCCUGCCCGGCCCCGCCCCGAAAUCCACCGGGAAUUCUCCUUCCCACCUUUCCUGGAGGGCAAAUCCCAGCCGGGCUCGGCUUCCAGCAGCAACCUGAGCUCCAGGAGCAAAGAAUUCCACAGGGAAUCCCAGAGCAAGGAAUUCCCCAGGGAACCCCCAUCCCAGGACUGGUCCCGCACUCACAGGACACUCCUGGAUUCGGGGCUGCUCCAGGAGCAGGGAAAACCUUGGAAUGUCAUCGCCAGGGGAAUGAGGAAUGUGAUGUCCCACAGAGCCACCAAGGACUCCACGCUGGUGUGAGGGAAAUUCGGGAUUUUCCCCGGAGUUUCCUGGGAUUUGCAGCUCUGGGGGAGGAGUUGUUGCUGGUUUUUCACAGUUUUGGGGUUUUUUUUUUGUGGAAAAUUCCUCCAAAAUCCCAGUGCUGCCUGCUUGGAGAACCCAAAUCCAUCCCAGCUGUGGGAAAUGGGGAUGGGGGGCAGAAAUUGGGAUUUUCACCAGCAGAAUUCCACUUUUCCAACAGAUCCUGGCUGAUUUCC